CGAUUCCUUCACAGCCCACAUUAUCUUCAACUCUCUUGCCCGCAGCCCAAACAAAUCAAGAAAUUGCAGUACUCUUUUCUUAUUCCAGAACCCAAAAAUCAUCAUCAUCAUCAUCAUCUAUGGGCACCCUUUUGGACUCCCAUUUCUUGGCCAUAACCGCCAUUGUUACUGUUGCUUAUCAGUUGGUUUUCUUCAUAGUCACAGCGCUUCUCAGGUUUGAUAAAGUUACUGACUUUGCAGGAAGCACUAAUUUUGUUAUACUUGCUAUAUUGACCUUGGUUCUAAAGGGUUCAUGGCAUUUUCGGCAGGUGAUUCUGUCUCUGCUUGUAGUGAUUUGGGGUGUCCGGCUCGGACUAUUUCUGUUAAUGAGAAUAUUACAAUGGGGGGAGGAUCGACGUUUUGAUGGAAAGCGUGACCAGCUAGGAAGAUUGGCAAUAUUUUGGACGUUUCAGGCUGUGUGGGUAUGGACUGUGAGCUUACCUGUGACGGUCGUCAAUGCGAGCAACCAUCAACCGUCUCUGGAGGCCAGAGACAUCAUUGGGUGGAUUAUGUGGCUCUUUGGAUUCUUAGUCGAGGUCACGGCCGACCAACAAAAGUUGGCAUUCAAAAACGCACCACAAAAUCGAGGGAAAUGGUGUGACAUUGGAGUGUGGAAAUACUCUCGCCAUCCAAACUACUUUGGCGAGAUUUUUCUAUGGUGGGGAAUAUUUGUGGCUUCUACUCCAGUUUUACAAGGCUUUGAAUGGCUUGUUGUCUUCGGUCCGGUUUUUAUUACCUUACUUCUGCUUUUCCUUAGCGGUUUACCCUUGCUUGAGAAAUCUGCGGAUGAAAAGUAUGGAACUUCGCCUGCAUAUCGGUCCUAUAAGAGAAAAACAAGCCCUCUCAUUCUGCUGCCCCCUGCAAUAUAUGAGAACCUGCCCAAGUGGUUUAAAACAGUGUUCCUCUUUGAGUUUCCCAUGUAUAACCACAACCUGCCCCAAGAACUGAGCUGUUGCAGAACAAGCUAUGGAGGGGAUGAUGGUGAAAUGAAGAUGAGAUGACCCUUCCAUACCAGAGCUUCUUACUUUUCACAACUUGAUGCACGCCGAUUCGUCUCAUCGAAACGACAUUUCUACUUCCGAGUCGGGGUAAAAUUUGCGUAUACGCUCCCCCAAAAACCCUACUUUCUUGUGGGAUAAUUGAUGUACAUUGUUUGUUUAAUGAUGAAAUUAAUAACGCAACAUUCUGUAAACUUCAAAGUUAUAUAUAAGUCGCGUUUUGACCCCUUCGCCUCAAGAAACGAGUUUUUUUAAUAGGAAACAUGCUACUUUAAUCU